CGUGGUUAUUGGUAGUUUUCUUCAUUCUCUUUAUAAAAAGAAUAUAGAAGGAUAUUUAAAAAAUUACGAAAAUAUGACUGAUAAUAGGAAAGAAACAAAUAAUGAAACAGAAAAUCAAGAUUUGAACGAUUUAUUGGAUAGUGCUUUACAAGAUUUCGAUAAAGUAUCCAUAUCAAAUGUUGAAAAGAGCAAUGACCUAAAUACCUCAGAUUCACAGAAGCAAACAGAUAAACAAGAAACAUGUGAAGAUAAGUGGACAGAGGAUUUUCUCAAACAAACGGCUGAUCAGUUUGAAAAAAAUUUACAAAAUUUAUUACAAAAUGAAGAUAGCGAACUGGAAGCUGCUUUACAGAAGCUUGGACAAAUGUCAACUAGUAGUGCAGUAAAUGAAAACGAUGUGAAUACAGAUUUCCAAUCAGCUAUUUCACAAGUCUUAAAGGAUUUAACUACAAAUUCUGAAAAUUUACAGAAUGAAACAGAUGUAGCAGCUAUGCUCGGGAAAACCUCUCUCGAUGGCGAUACUGGUGAUAUAUUACCAUUUAUGCAAGGAAUGAUGGAGCACCUCUUGUCAAAAGAAAUUCUUUAUCCCUCAUUGAAAGAACUAUCCGAUAAAUAUCCAGCAUGGUUAGAGGAACAUAAAGCAACUUUAAAUGCUUCUGAUUUAGAGAGAUAUACAAAACAGUCAGAACUGAUGGAAAAGGUGUGUAUUGAAUUGGAAAAGGAAAAGGAAGACGAUACAGAAAGUAUUAAACAACAUCGAUUUGAAUGUGUAUUAAAACUUAUGACGGAAAUGCAAAAUUAUGGUCAAGCACCUGAUGAUCUUGUUGGUGAACAAUGCUCGCCUUUUCAAUUUAAUUUAGAAAACAAUCCCACUUUUCCAUUCCCACUCGGAGUAGAUUCUCAGCAGGAUUGCUGUAUUAAUUAAAUAUAUAUGAAUAUACAGCUUGUU